GCGUGGCCCGGACGUCCCCCUCAGGUGCGGCACCGCCCCCGCCGCGCCCCGCCUUCCCCUGAGGUGCGGGCGGCCUGAGGCGGCGGUGCUGCCGCCGCUCCCCCGCCAUGGCGGCCCCCGGCGGGCUGGGCCGCUGCGUGGCCGCUUUCUGGCUGGCGCUGGCCUUCGACGCGCUGGGGCUGGCGGUGCUGCUGGCCGGCGUGUUCGCCGACGUGUUCUUCUCCGACCUGCUCAUCUACGCGGGCGGCAUCGGCAUCUUCCUCAGCCUCAUCUGGUGGGUGUUCUGGUACGCGGGCAACCUGGAGGUGCCGCCGGAGGAGCUGCGCGACGACGUGGGGCUGGCGCCGCCCAAGGGCCGCGGGGACAGCGUGCUGCGGGGGCUGGUGCACGGCCUCAGCCUCCGCCUCUCCUCCGCCUUCGCCCCCGCGCCGCGCUCCCGCGCUGCCGCCGCCGACCUGGAGCUGCAGCGCACCGGGGGCCCGCGGGGCCGCCCCGCCGACUCCAGCAGGGUCUGUUGAAGACACGACUAUUGAAGUUACUGCCUCUAAAAGUGGGGGAAGUGCUGCAAAUUAUGGAAAGAGAAUUCCCUACUCAAUGCAAUAGGAUUCUCUCAUUGUGGAAUAAUCUCUGCAACCAUUGUGGACUCUGUAUAAAAUGGACACAUAGAGCCAUAUCUCUGCCAAACACACCUAUUAUCAGUGUUGGACUGGAUAGUUUUUGUGGGUAUUUUUCACCAUUUCAAAACAUAAAUUAGAUCUCUUAAGAAGUGAGAACUAAAACCGAAACAAACCUAAUUCACAGAAAUAUCACUGCAGCAUGAAAUAUAUAUUUUUUUAAUUAUUUUUAAUAACUUGGGAAUGUUUGGAUAAAAAGCUCUUGCACAAUGAAAAGCUCUUGCACUGUUUUACCAAGGUCUGGAAGUUAAACUUACUGUGAAUUUUUAUGAUGCCAGUGCAAUACUUUUGUUUGUAAGGGUGCUUUUAAAAUAUCGAUGCUUUUAAACUAUUGAUGCAAAGUUGCAAAUGUAGUAGAAGUUGUUUAUAGUGUAAAUACACAAUUUACAGUGACUCUUGUAAAGCUUCAUCAUUAUUUUGGAAUAACUUGGAAUUUGAGAAUUUUGUAAGUAGACAAGUAAAAAUAGUGAUGUUGGCAUACCAGUACAUUCUUCAUAGUUGUAAAUGAUGUAAUGUGAUGACUCUAAGAAGAAGCAUUUUUAGUCCAAUGAUGUUUGGAAUUAUUUUCCUAAUGCUGAAGCAUUUGGGGAGGGGAGCCACCAACAAACCCCCCUGUUGAUUAACAAAUACUCUGAUGCUUUAUAAAAUAUUAACAAAUUCACAUUUAGAUGUAACUGAGAAGUAGCACCUGCAAAAAGAUUUAUAUUAAAGUUAAUGAUACCUAAAAUUCCUGUGUGGAGAAAUGUCUCCUGAGUUCCUCUGGUUUUGAACUAACACCGAGAGUUUGAGCCCACCAUUAGCAAAUAUGUGUAGAUCUUAAAAUGUCACGGUACAAUGGUUUUUAUGCCACACCUCACUGAAUGCUAGAGGUGGAUUUAAGGAAAAUGUUUACAAAGAAUACUGUGGCUGUACUUCCUCAUGAACUCUUGAAAUGUCUUUCAAUGUUCUCUUGUAAAUUACUGGAGCAACUUCUUACUUUUCUAUGCAUAUUCUAAUUUUUAAACGUUUUCCAAAUGCUCUCAGUUUUUCAACAAGGUUAUAUGAACACUAAACUUGAAGGUCUGUAAUGUGAUUUCUUCUCUACAAACUGCAGUUUUUAGGAUGUGUGUACAAUUGUUUCCUCCUUUUAGAGGAACUGCAAU